AUGUCCAAAACUGUCAAGAAACACUUUACCCACCUAGAAAAUGCUAAGCAGCGGGAGGAAGAACCGCUCUCCGUUUUCAUCGAGAGAUGGAAGAUUGCGAUGACAGAGAUCGAUCCGAUCGACGAUGCCACGGCGAUCAAUUUGUUACUAGCGUCCUUGCGGGCCGAAAAUCUGUACCAGGACCUAAUCCUCCGACCGCUCCUUUCCUAUGAGGACGCCAUUCGCAGAGUGGUCGAUCAUGCCACGUCCAUGGAGGCGAACUCGGCCAAGAGGAUGAUGGAGACAGGAGGACCGAGGAGAGAUCAAAAUCAAAGAGACCGACGCCCCAAUAACCAAAGGCAAAAGGACCGAGACGGAUAUCCGAUCUACACCCCGUUGAGUAGACCGGUGGCAAAAGUACUGCAAUACGCCCAAAGUUGUCAUAUGAUCCAGUUACCUGCUCCAUCUAAGGAUGGCCCGAAGAAGGACAAGUAUUGCGCGUACCACCGGAACCGGGGGCAUGACACGGAGGAAUGCCAUGUGUUGAAGGGCCUAAUCGAGGACUUGCUGCAGACCGGCGAGCUGGCUCAGUUCGCAGAAAAGAAGAAGAAAGGUCGACGGGGGUGGAAGAAAUUCUUUAAGAAGAACAAGGACAAGAAGGACAAGGACCCCGACCAGGAUCGAGAGCCUCCCCCGACCGGGUCUAAACAAGUUAUUCAUGUGAUCUUCGGCGGACCGGAAGGUGGUGACACCGCGGGGGAGCGUCAUAAUUGGGUUUGA